AUGUUUCUUAGUAGGGUUUUUAACAAUGGUCGCAUACUAAAUCAAAGUAUUUUUAGUGACAAUAUUUUGUCUGCAAAAUUAGUAACACACGGUAGGCUAUUCCAUUUAAGCUGUUCGUUGAAAGAAGAGGCUAAAGAAACUGAUAACAGUGAGACCAUCAGAGAUCCUUCCAAAGACAGAACUAAAGUAAUUCCUGUUGAAACAAGCAUAAGAUAUAUCCAAAGUAAAGCUUAUGCUGAAACAUAUGGUGGAGAUCCUGUUUGGAAACUGUACAGACGUAAUCAUAAGGGUUCUCUUGCUCCGAGGAAAACUAGAAAAACUUGCAUUAGGCAAGGCGUGAUAAGUACUGGAAAUCCAUGUCCUAUAUGUAGGGAUGAAUAUUUAGUCCUGGAUGCUAAAAACACAAAGCUUCUUGAACAAUUCAUUUCGCCUUUCACUGGAGAAAUAUUAAGUUAUAGUCAAACAGGGAUUUGUCAAAAGAGAUAUAAAGAGCUUUUAGUUGCUGUUGAAAUUGCCAAAGAUAAAGGCUUCAUAAAAUUUGAUAUUCCAUUUCGUAAAUACGAUUACUCCUUGUAUAAAAAUUAG